AGCAAUAAUUCUAACUUUAAUUUCCAAAAAAAUUCACUCUCAUUUCUACUUAAAUUGUGAUAAUUCGUGGGGUACCUUUGUUUUUUUUACAUUCAGAGAGAGAGAGAGAGAGAGAGAGAGAGAUUCUUGAAAAAAGUUAAAAGGUUAGAUCUUUAAUGGAGGAUUCAAGAAGAGGAAGGGGACAUGAAUACAACUUGGCUUGGAGGAAAGCUGAAGAAGCAGCUUUGAGGCGAUAUCAAGCGACCCACUGGUUAGAAUGUUUCGUUGGACCAUUAGGUAUAUCAAGCCAGCCUUCUGAGAGAGAGUUUGUUUCUUGCUUGAGAAAUGGUUUGGUUCUUUGCAAUUUAAUUAACAAAGUUCGACCAGGAUCAGUUCCAAAGGUUGUAGAAAACCACAUGCCUUCGCAUUCAAUCAUGUGGGAUUCUCAGCCAUUACCAGCUUAUCAAUAUUUUGAGAACAUUAGGAACUUUUUGGUAGCUGUGGAAGAUUUAAAGCUACCAGCAUUUGAGGCAUCGGUAUUCGAAAGGGAUAAUAUAGAGGCAGGUUCAUUGACAAAGGUUGUGGAUUGCAUUUUGGAACUUAAAGCAUAUCAUGAGUGGAAGCAAAUGACCGGAGGCGUCGGAUGUUAUAAACCUCUAAGGUCUCCUCUCUUGACCCCUUCGAGGGGAAGGAUUCAAGCACGACAACCUAUGACGAUUAAUUCUGAUAGUUGCAGGCGAUUGGAAAUGUCUGCUGCCUGUCCAAAACAAUCAGCAGCAGAGGAUGAAAUUCAGAAAAUCGAAGGCAUAAUUGUCAAGGCUCUAGCUGAAAGAAUGGUGGACAUGAAGGAAAACAUGGGCAAUAACUUCUUUGCUUCUUUUCGCAAUGGGAAUGUGAACCAAGUUGACUUGUUCAGCAGGAUCUUGUCUAGUUGCUUUGAGGAACAACCUCGAAACAAGUUGCCGAAGUUGAAAUCGGAUCCUUUAAAAGAGAUGAGCUGCUCAGAAGACAACUCCACAUGCAUACCUCUCCAAAAUUUAUCUAAUCUUAGAAACCGCGAGUGUUGCAGAGCUUGCAUAAAGAAGGGCACUUGCAACCACUGGACUCUAGUUACAAUGCAAGAAAAGGAACUUUCGAAUCUUAAGGUCCUGUUAUCAAGCACGAAAAGAGAAUUUGAAGAUCUGCAGUCUCAGCUACAAAGUGAUCUGAAGCAACUUGGUGAUCAAGUACUCGAGAUGUCUAAUGCUGCUCUUGGAUAUCACAAGGUUCUGAAAGAAAACAGAACUUUGCAUAACAUGGUUCAGGACCUAAAAGGGAAUAUUCGAGUUUACUGCAGAAUAAGGCCUGCCUUCAGUGCAGAAGCGAAAACUGCCGUAGAUUUUAUUGGAGAAGAUGGUUCUUUGGUUGUAAUUGACCCACUAAAAUCCUGGAAAGAUGGGAGGAAAAUUUUCCAGUUCAACCGUGUUUUCGGUCCAACUGCCACUCAGGAGGAUGUAUUUCGAGACACAAAACCGCUUGUAAGAUCUGUGAUGGAUGGUUAUAAUGUGUGCAUAUUUGCUUAUGGUCAAACUGGAUCAGGGAAAACAUAUACUAUGUCUGGCCCUGGAGGUGGAUCAUCAAAUGAAUUCGGAAUCAACCAAUUGGCUCUGAAUGAUCUAUUCCUACUGUCUGAUGAAAGGAAGGACAUCAUGAAUUAUAAGAUCCACGUUCAAAUGGUCGAGAUAUACAAUGAGCAAAUUCAUGAUCUUCUUGCAAAGGAUGCUUCACUUACCAAUUUAGAGAUUAGAAUCUGCAUGAGUGGCAAUGGUUUGCCUCUGCCUGAUGCUAGCAUGCAUCCAGUGAAUUGUGCUGCAGAUGUUAUAAACCUGAUGAAACUUGGUGACUUGAACCGUGCUGUUGGCUGUACUGCCAUGAACAACCGCAGUAGCCGUUCACACAGUGUGCUGACUGUACAUGUGCAUGGUGAAGAUACAUCUGGAAACAUAAUACACAGUUGCCUCCAUUUGGUUGAUCUUGCUGGCAGUGAACGAGUUGACAAGUCAGAAGUUACUGGAGACGGCCUCAAAGAGGCACAACAUAUAAAUAAAUCUCUCUCUUGCUUGGGUGAUGUGAUCACAGCAUUGGCACAGAAGAAUUCUCACAUCCCUUAUAGAAACAGCAAACUCACAUUACUCUUGCAGAACUCUUUAGGUGGACAAGCAAAAACGUUGAUGUUUGCUCAUGUUAGUCCUGAAGGGGAUUCCUUUGGAGAAACAGUCAGUACUCUGAAGUUUGCACAGAGGGUUUCGAGUGUAGAACUUGGUGCAGCUCGUUUAAAUAAAGAGAGCACCGAAGUUUUAGAACUCAAAGCUGAGAUUGAGACCCUCAAAAAGGCGUUGGCUAACAAGGAAACACAAACUCCGCAAAUUAACAAACCAAAGGAAGCAGCAAGAACACCUUUCCAGAAGCCUAAAGCAAUAGCUGAGAGACCCACUCCACGAGCUCGAAGAUUAAGCAUAGAGAAUUGCACCACCAUGAGGGUAGAAAAGGCCAACGCUGAUGAUGAAACGGGAUCCAAAACCCCAGCUGUGAAAACUCGUUCGAGAAGAUUAAGUUUAGAAAGGCCAAGAUUAGCCAGUAAGAACCUUGAACAGAUCAAAUCAUUAGAAACCACAAGCAAGCGAGAUGAUAAGCCAGAAGUUGUGUGCUUACAGAAAUCUAGCGAGCUUCAAGAGGGAGAUGAUAUCACAAAAUUUUAUGAUCAAGUCGGUAGCAUGGAGGCUCCUCACAGUCCAACUUCUGCUUUUAAACGCCAGCAGCCUCCUCGAAGCCCAACUGCUGGUUUUAAAAUUCAGCAGGCUCCUCCGAGUCCAACUUCUGCCUAUAAAAGACAGCAGCCUCCUCGAAGUCCAAUUUCUGGUUUCAAAAGUCAGCAGGCUCCUCGGAGUCCAACUUCUGCUUUUAAAAGCCAGCAGCCUCCUCGAAGUCCAACUUCUGGUUUCAAAAGUAAGCAGGCUCCUAGAAGUCCAACUUCUGCCUAUAAAAUCCAGCAGCCUCCUCGGAGUCCAACUUCUGUUUUUAAGAGCUGCAAUGCACCUAGGAGUCCAACAAGUGCUGCCAUUAAAAACCAGGGGGUGAAAACAACAGAUAACAGGACAAGGAUUCCUUCUCUUCAACUACCCAAAACACCCGAGCCACUGAUAACCUCUAUAGAUGAGAUCAAGGGAGGAAUUCGAAGUGAGCUUACAAUUUCAUCCGAAUUCCAGACACCUACUUUGAUUAGCAGCACUCAUGGAAAGGGAUCUCAAAUACGAAGAUCACUUCGCACUAUUGGGAAACUGAUAAAUGGCUCCGACAGAAAGAACCAACAGAAAAGGACUGAAGCAGCACCACUAUCACCUUUCAAUUGCCAAAAUGAGGUGAAGUCACCAAUCGCUUCUAAUGCACGGACACUAAGAAGACAAUCCCUAACUGGCAUUCCACCACCAACCAUGUCGAGGAGAUCUUCACUUGGAGGAGGGACCUUGCCUGAUUCUUGUGCAAACGAAAGCAGAAAUUCCAAGACUCCUCCAUCACACGCUUCAGCCAAGUCGAGGUGGCUAUAAGGAACACUAAGUAGUUAACAUCAAGGAGUUAGCUGUAGGGAUCAAAAAGUAGGUUUUUGGCUUUGGUACACUGAAUACUGAAUGCUUGACUUCGAGCUAGGACAAACAUUGAUGACACGGUUAUGCUGCAGAUACUCGCUGCAAGUUUAGAUGUAGUAAGGCUGUUAACAUUGACAUUUCUGUACAGACUACUGAGGCAGAAAU